UGUCUUAAUUUCUGUAAAGGAAUGUACAUAUUAUGUGCCAGUGAAAGUGAGGAAAAAGAAACCAAAGAAACAGUGUUUCUGAUCCCUGCAAUGUCCAUCAUUGCGUCAACAUACGGAGGAAAGCAAUUGUCAUGUGUGAUGCGCUGCUAACAUAAGUGAGAUAAAACAGGCGCAGUAAAGCUACCGAUGUGUGUAGUUCAGAUUUAUUGUUGCGGUAAUUAACAUGUCUGAGCACCUGUCAGAAACUAGAUAUACUGGGAAACUUAGUCCUUCACUCCUGUCACCAGAAUCUCCAGGUGGCAGUCCUAAAUUACAAGUGCCAAGCCCAAUUGUUACUAGACGUACAAGGACUGAAUCGACAUCAGCAAGAGCAUUAGAGAAUCCAACUGAGCAUGGGAAGGUGAAAAUGUUCAGCCGAUCCAAGGGUCACGGUUUUAUCACAUCAGACAUCUCUGGAGAAGACAUAUUUGUGCAUAUCUCUGACAUUGAAGGUGAAUAUGUACCACUGCCUGGUGAUGAAGUCAAGUACAGACUCUGUCCAAUUCCUCCCAAGUAUGAGAAGAACCAGGCAAUCAAUGUGAACAUCAUCAAUCUAACGCCUGAAGUGCAUCUCAGGUGGGACUGUCCAGUAAGUGAAGAAGAGAAUGAAGUGCAUGGCCAGUGACUGGCAGCCAUAGGGAGCAUCUGUAACUGAAGACUGUGUUUUUCAGCUUCAUGACAUGUUAUAUUAUUUUGCUGAAGCUGUUAUGAGCGAUAUUUAGUUCCAAGCUGCGAAUGUACUCCUUACACAAUAAAAGCCCCCCCCCCAUUUUUUUAUGCUACUGUACUGUACUGUACUGUUUGGAAUAGUAUUUGCUUAGGGAUUUUCUAUAAAUUUUUCUGCACUUUUGAGCAAGUCCAAAGACACUGAGAUCAAGUCAUUGCAAUGACAGAAUUAUAGAGAAUAGAGUAGGACUUUGGCUUUCGAUCAGAUCAUGGAUGUUCAUGCAGACAUAUAAAACAAGUCUGGGGCUAGAUGUAGAAUUUAGCAUUGUAAUUAAUUGCAUUUAUAAGCAAAUAAGCAUUUAUUAAACAUUUGAACAUUGGUUUUA